GGGAUUCUGUGGGGUCAGUGAGGGGAGGUCGGCUUGGGAUAAGUGAUGAGGGGGUUGUGAGUUGAGUAAUGAGAGGGUGUCUGAGGGAUUCCUGGUAUCUCUGGAGCCCUGGGUCAGGCUGCAUCUUUGAGGCUGCAGGAUCUCCCCUCAUAGCCCAGCCCUCCUCUUUCUGGUGGCUCUGGUUGGAGCUUCCAGACACCCACCCAGCCUCCAGCUCCUGGGAAAAGUGGAGUUGUCAGCAAGAGAGACUGAGAGUAGAAACCCAGAGGGGACAUGCCUACUGAUGUGAAUUUAUCCCAGAGGCCCCAAGUCCUGGGUCCAGAGGAGCAGGACGAAUCAUGUGAGGGAUCAGUGUCCUUCGAGGAUGUGACUGUGGACUUCAGCAGGGAGGAGUGGCAGCAACUGGACCGUGCCCAGAGACACCUGUACCAGGAUGUGAUGCUGGAGAUCUAUAGUCACCUCUUCUCAGUGGGGUAUCACAUUCCCAACCCAGCAGUCAUCUUAAGGAUGGAAAAAGGAAAGAAGCCAUGGAUGGGAGAGGCUGAACUCCCACAUCAGAGGGAUCAAGAAGGGGAAUUUGGGCUUGAAACCCCACAACAGAAAAUUUCUGAGAAAGCUUCGUUUCAAAAUGAUAUGGUGUGGAACAUGCCUGAGCCAUCAUGGCAUGUUGGCUGGUGUUCAGCCACUCUAAGCAGGAGGUGUCAACAAAGCCUCGAUGAUGACUCCAUUUCCUCUUUCCAGAAGCACCAGUGAGCUUGGAGGAGCAACUUGUCUUGGAUGGUAUGUGUGGCCUCGGAGCAUACUUCCCACAGGAGUCAGAUGUACCUAGGGGUUUCUGUGAACCAGUGCAAGUAUGUUGUUUACACGUCAUCCACUGUGAGGACGUUCAGACUCACAUUUCCAGACUUCCUCCUCCUGGUUCUGGGACAGGAAAGACUGCUGCUAUUCAAGGUGUGGUUUGUCUCCCAGAGAGCCCAGUAAAGAUGAUCCUUCUGACUCCACAGAAAACAUGAGAGACGCAUUUUAGAGUCUGAGAGUUUAAUUGACUUUAAUAAAUGAUUGUUUUCUUA